UGUCGGAUUUUUGUCGUCGCUGUGGAACAUUCAUGAACAUUUCACUCGAUCGAACCAUUCAGUAAGACAACGAAUUUAUAACGCAAAAUAGACUUAGUUUUUGUGCAGAGAGUCAAAGGGCGACGUUCGUUGUAAAUAUAAUUUUUCAUUAGACACUAGACACACGGACACACAACAAUGGUGAAAGAAACAGUAUUCUACGAUUUGCUGGGUGUUCAGCCAAAUGCCUCAUCCGAAGAUUUAAAGAAAGCAUACAAAAAAAUGGCUUUGAAAUAUCAUCCCGACAAAAAUCCAAAUGAGGGCGAAAGAUUCAAACAAAUUUCGAUGGCGUACGAAGUGUUAACCGAUCCGGAAAAACGGCAAAUUUAUGACGAGGGUGGCGAAUCAGCUAUCAAGAAAGGUGGUGCUGGCGGCGGUGGUCCAGGUUUCAUGAGUCCUAUGGACAUUUUCGAAAUGUUCAUCAACGGUGGUAUGCGAUCGGGUGGUCGACGAGAACGUCGUGGAAAAAUUAUCGAACACAUCCUAAAUGUAACGUUAGAAGAAUUAUACAACGGAGCGGUCCGAAAAUUAGCUUUGCAGAAAAUCGUGAUCUGUGAUAAAUGCGAAGGGCGAGGUGGCAAAAAGGGAUGCGUUUCCAAAUGUCAAACGUGUCGCGGCACCGGUAGUGAAAUCAGAAUACACCAAAUAUUCCCUGGUAUGGUACAACAAGUGGAACAAAUAUGUCGACAAUGUUCGGGACUGGGUGAAACAAUUGCGACUAAAGAUCGGUGUAAACAGUGUAAUGGCAAAAAGACGAUACGCGAUCGAAAUGUGUUGGAGGUGCACAUUGAGAAGGGAAUGCAACAUGGGCAGAAAAUUGUUUUUAGUGGACAAGGGAACCAGGAAAGUCCGGAUAUUGAACCUGGCGAUAUAAGUGUAGUGUUAAAUGAAAAGAAACAUUCGGUGUACAAGCGGCUGGAGUUAGAUUUGCUGCUGACUUUGCCGAUAAUACUAACCGAAUCGUUGUGUGGCUUUAGGAAAAUUAUUAAAACAUUGGACAAUCGAGAUCUAUUGAUAACGCAUUUGCCCGGCCAGGUAAUCAAAACCGGCGACAUCAAAUGCGUCAUGGGCGAAGGAAUGCCACAGUACAAGAAUCCCUUCGAGAAGGGACGUCUUAUCCUUAAUUUUGAAGUGAUCUUCCCCACAUUUAUCGCUCCCGAAUUAAUACCAAAGCUUGAAACGUGUCUGCCGCCUCGACCGAGAAUCGACAUUUCGAUGGACUCAGAUUCGAUGGAGGAAUGCACAUUGGUAGACUACAAUCCAGAACAGGAUAAUCGACAGAGACGUUCCCAACAGGCUUACGAAGAAGACGACGAUGGAUAUAAUCAAGGUCCCCGUAUACAACAAUGCACAACUAGUUAAGCGCAUUUACCUUUUUUUUUACUCAAAUCGAAUUAAUGUCCAGAGCGAGAGAAUUUAUUUUUAUUAAUUAUUUUGUGUCGAGACGUAAAAUAAUGUUUUGAACGUGCAUCCACAUUGAUGCUAUAUAUUAUAUAAAUUUAACGCAGAGACCAUUUCGUAAGUUGGUUGUUUUACUGAAGACGAAAAGUAGAAUCUGAGCUCUCGAUUCGUCCGUUUAUAGAAACAAAAAACAAAUUGAACAUUGUGUUAGGCGAAAAUGUUUCGUUCCGCAGAGACAAUGAAACAUUUUUUUUUGUUUCAAAUUAUUUUUUCGCGCGAAGAAUUUAUUUUUUAUCAUUUUAUUUUAAAAUAUUUUAACUUGAUGUGGUGGUUCGACGUUAGGCUAAUGUGUUUAUAAAAACAAAUUGUAUUAUUAAUUGAACAUGAACGUAAGAAAAGACGAAUAAAUUAAUAGAAUUUGUGACAUUCA